AUGGAGUCCUGCAAGCUGUGCUUGCACAGGCUUAGCCGAGGCCGUGCCACGACACUCCGCUGCCAGCAUGUCUUCCACAAAGACUGCAUCCAGGAGAUGCGCAAGUACUGCACGAGCGACGAUGAUUGUCCGCUCUGCAGAAUGUCUUCUUACUCGUCCAGCGAAAGCGGGUCUGCAAGCAUGAUGCUGGAACGGAGUGGACAAGCGUGGCUGCAAGGCGAAGUGGAACUGAGCGUGAGCAUGCUUCACGCCGCUGUGCGGAGAGACCCGCACAACGCGACUGCCUGUGCCCAUCUGAGCAACCACUACAGAAAGGGCACCGGCGUCGACAAAGAUCUCGCCAAAGCGAAGCUUUACGAAGAGCAAGCUCUCAGCGCCCUUGGAAAGGACAGAGGGAGCGAUCCAGCUCCAAGCAAGAGGAGGAACAGGGCAAAGCAGAGCAUCAGGACACAAAAAGCAGUCAAGACACAACCGUCAGGUCGUCAAAGAAGUCCGCCAAAGUCGAGAAGCCCCUUCACGAGGCAAAGAUCCAAGCGAUGUUCGAGCCAAAGCCCAGGUCGCAAGAGGAAGGGGACCUUCAUUGCCGCCAGGCCAAAGACUGCGGCAAAGCGCAGUAGACAGGAAGGCGGAAGAGACGAAACAUCGAGCAGGACUGAGGCCGUGCAGGGAAGUCAGCAUCUGGAUGCAGAUGAAGAUGUGUCCUCGGCUUCGUUGCCAGUGGCUUCACGAGAGGCUCCGUCGGGAGCUUCUCGGCCGGAUGAAUCUCUCGAGCAGCCGGUCGCAUCGUCCUCCGCGGAAGCUCCCGCCCCCCGAUCUCCGUCCUCGCCUGGGGACGUCGACUCGAAAGAGAAAUUGCUGAGCAGGCUGCAGGGGUUAUUCGACGACAUCUCGAGUGGAUCGCAAGAUGCCGAGGAGGCCGAGGAGGCCGAAGGGCCCUUGAUGGAGGAUGAGGGCUCCAAGAAAUCGAGGCUGCACGACAGCCUCGGGCCCCCAACCCCAGCCGUGCCAGAGGAGGCCGAGGAGCCGGAAGCGGAGCCUUGCGAGUCCGCUCCGGCUCCGGGUGCAGUUCGGCCGAGCAAACGACGGCCACGACCCAGCACUGCACGCAUUCAGCUGGCAGAGCCUGCAGAGCCCUUGCCGGAGCAAGUGGGUCACAUGGACUGCGCGGAGCCGGAGCCAGUCCUCCCUGUCGGCCCUUUCGAUCCAGAGCCGCCGCCUCCUUCAGAGGAUGCAGAUGCGGCGGAUGCGGAGGCUCCUCCAAAAGCUUCUUUGGUGCCGACCGCGGAGCCAAACGACACGAAUAGACGGAAGAGCUUCCGGAUCCCCGUUGAGGGGGUUCUGGUUCUCAAGAAUCAGAACUACGGCGCUGCGAUCGUCACAGUGCCUAACGCGAGGGCGCGGCAGGCCAUGGUGGACGCUUGUCCGAGGGUGACGAUUCAAGACGAGAAAGUCAAGGUGAGCGCUUACGAACAGCAGGACACUGCUCUCUAUGUCUACUGGUCGAAGCAGGAUGGCAGUGCUUCCAAGCUGCCGCAAGCAGCUCUCGAAGAGUAUUUUCGCAGAAAAUACGACCAGGUAAACGCCGUGCUGGAGGAGCAGUUCCGAGAGUGGUUGCGCGGCCUUGACAAAGGCAGAGGAGUUCUCCUGCAGUACUACCCAGCGCUGAAGCAUAAGUUCAACGCUGACACCUCGCGGCUCCUCUCGAUGAAAAUCGGCGGUGCUGGCAGUGUGGGCGUCAGAGCCAUCGACCCGGCCUUGUGGGACAUGUGCGAGAUCAAGCCUCUGGGGCAUCGUGCCAUGCUUUCUCGGGGCAUUUGUGAGCUGGCAGACCAAAGGUUUCCAACGGUGUGUCCGCUGGUUGUUAGCAGAGAAACCUCGUUCGACGGUGGCCUGCAGGCCGUAGACUCACAGCCUGAGCGCAAGAAGCAAGUGUCUGAGAUGCGAGCGACGGUGGCGGUGGAAAUUCAACAGCAGCUACCGCAGGUGUUGGAAGAGGUCAUGCGAAGCAAGGCAGCAGAGCUGCAAAAGUUGCUGGAUAAAGGAUCGCAGGAGUGGAAAGAGAAGUAUGCUAUCGAGUGCGACAGAAGACGCAAGUUGCACAACCUGGUCCAGGAAUUGAAAGGCAACAUCCGUGUGUACUGCCGGGUUCGACCGAUGACGGAGGCAGAGGCGGCACAUGGCUGCUGCAUCAGCUUUCCAGGGCCAGAUGAGAUCCAGAUCAGCAAUGCAGACAUGGGCACCAAGAAGAGCUUCCAGUUCAACGAGAUCUAUCGACAAAACUCGAGUCAGGAAGAUCUCUUCACCGGAAUACGGGAUUUAGUGGUCUCGAUGCUGGAUGGUUACAACGUCUGCAUGUUUGCCUACGGUCAGACGGGCUCUGGCAAAACGCACUCCAUGCAGGGGACAAGGGACAAUCCUGGCGUCUACACGCGAACCUUCAACGAGCUCUUCAAGGUGGCCAAAGAAAGGACUGGCUGGAAGAUUGAGCUGAAGGGUGCUUGUGUGGAGAUCUACAACGAGGAGAUUCGAGACCUUCUUCUUGGGCCUGGCGACAAGAAGCAGAAGCUUCAGGUCCGGCAGGGCAAGGAAGGGAACUAUGUGCCCGGACUGACGAUGCAGCCGGUGAACAACGCCGAGGAAGUUGAGAUGCUGCUUAGCACAGCUCAGACGAAUCGAACCGUUGCUGCCACGGACAUGAAUCUUCACUCUUCCCGUUCGCACCUUGCCGUCCAGAUCAUAGGGACGAUGACAAAUCCUGACGGCAAGCAGUUCUUGUCGGCCAUCACUCUGGUGGAUCUGGCAGGCUCCGAGCGUCUGGCCAAGUCUGGCGUGUCAGGAGACCGUGCCAAGGAGGCCAUUGCCAUCAACAAGUCGCUCAGUUCACUGGGAGAUGUCAUCGCUGCGCGGGCGCAGAAACAGGGCCACACGCCUUAUCGAAACUCGGACUCCUUGGGCGGGGACUCCAAGACAUUGAUGACUCUGCUGUGGAGUGUGAGGCAUUGUGGUGUAACGCACAAUCCGGCUUUCUACGAGGAGUCCAUGUGCUCCCUGAACUUUGGGGCGCGCGUCAAUGCCGUCGAGAUGAAGAAGUGA